AGCCUUUUAGCGGAAGUGCUCGCGCGUCUUCCCGGUCGCAUCAACGAUGGCGUCGCAGCAGAUGGUCGCUAACAGCGCUCAAAUGGGCGUUCAGCAAGGGGCUCUUUUACAGCAGACCCAGUCUCAGCAGCAUCCGCAGCAGCAGCAGCAGCUCAGCCAGCAGCAAGAUUUCGACCCCGUUCACAGGUUCAAGAUGCUGAUUCCUCUGCUCAAAGAUAGUCUGCAGAACGUCAUGACUAUCGCUUCACUAAAUUUUGGACACAAUGCAGCUAUUGACAACGGCUUGAAAACAACAGAGAAGGGUAACGAUGCAGCAGUCCAGCGGUUUGACAAAAGCUUAGAGGAGUUUUACGCUCUCUGUGAUCAACUGGAGCUUUGUCUGCGGCUGGCCCACGAGUGCCUGUCGCAGAGCAUCGACAGCACGAAGCACUCCCCGAAUCUCGUACCCACGGCCACCAAGCCUGACACGGUGCAAACAGAGUCUCUGUCUUACUCCCAGUAUCUCAGCAUGAUCAAAUCUCAGAUCUCUUGCGCUAAAGACAUUCACAACGCUCUCUUAGAGUGCUCCAAAAAGAUUGCUGGGAAAGGUCAAGGAGCUUGCAAUUAAGUAGCUGCCAACUGUAUUUAGUUUGCUUUAUUUUUUAUUUGUACUUUAAGUGUGUUUGAUGCUGAUCGAAGAAUAUAUAUUUUUUGUAUUGUCAAUUGCUUUUGUCUGUUUACUGUUGGGACAAAUGUACUCGUACAAUUAAAUUUAUAUAUUCUUAAAAAUAAA